UAAACAUAAAUUAUUUUUAAAAAAUUAGCGAACAUGAUAUCUAUGACAGUUAUCAUAUGAUAAUGGAGGCGUGAAGCCUGUUUACGUAGAUGUUAGAAUUUUAUAAAUUGUUUUUCUCCCGUUUUUUAUAGAUUUAAAAACAUUAAGGAAAAUGGCUGAAGGUGGUGAAGCAAGUGAGGAAUUGAAAGUAUGUAGUUACGAGGAAAAGGAAGAAGAGGUUGAACCAAAAUUGAGAUAUGAACCUUUGCAGAAUGAUUUAGCUAAAAUAUUAGAGAAAGAUGGAGCAAGUUGCAUAGCUGUUCACACAAAAUUUAUGGCAUUAGGUACAUUUAAUGGAUUUGUUUACAUCUUGGAUCAUCAUGGAAACAAUAUUCGCAAUAAAGAAUUAGCUUUGCAUACAAAAACAGUCAACCAGAUUAGCAUUGAUAUAAAUGGUGAUUUUAUUGCUACUUGUUCUAAUGAUGAAAGAAUUGUAAUUCAGGGUUUAUAUUCUUCAGAAAAUAAUUUAAUAUUGUCAUUCAAUCAACCAGUGCUUUCUAUUGCAAUCGAUCCAAAUUUUGCCAAACCUGGAUCUAAAAAGCGUUUCAUUACAGGAAAUAAUAAAGUCCUAUUAUAUGAGAAAGGAUUAUUUGGACAAUAUAAAAAUACAGUAUUACAUCAAAGUGAAAGUAUAGUCCAAAAUAUAAAAUGGAAAGGACAAUUUUUAGCCUGGGCUACAGAUAAGCAUUUGAGAAUAUAUGAUAUUGUUGCAUUUAAAAUUAUUGCUUUAAUUAAAAGAGAUCAAGAUUCCAUACUUUGGGAUAAGCCAUGCAGAUGUAAUUUAUUCUGGAAAGAUAAUUUGACUCUUCUUGUUGGUUGGGGCGAUUAUGUAAAAUUGUGUGUUAUUAGGCAACGCAUUGAAUUAGGAACUGUUUCAAAUCAAUCACUUCCCAAUCACAUAGUUGAAAUAAUUUCAAUAUUCACUAUAAAUUAUCAAAUUUGUGGAAUUGCUCCCUUCAAUGAAGAUGAUGAAAACAAUAUUGUUGUGUUAACUGUUCCAAAAAAUAACAAAGGCACAGGUUUUGCUGAUAAACCAAAAUUACAAGUUUUAGAACCACAUAGAGAAAGCUGUAGUGAAGUUUCAAUUGAUAUACUAAUGCCUAUUCAACUAUAUACAGAAUAUAGAUGUAAUGACUACUUUCUGGAUGGUUUACCAGAAGAAAAGAGGUAUAUUAUUGGAAGUCCCAAAGAUAUUGUUAUAGCCAAACCUCGAGAUGAAAGUGACCAUAUUGAAUGGUUACUGAAACAAGAAAAAUUUGAAGAGGCUUUAAAAGUUGUUACUGAGAGUAAAACAGUUGGUAGAUUUACAGUAUUAGAUGUUGGAAGGAGAUGUUUAAAUCAUCUCUUUAAGCAGCAGUUAUAUGCUGAUGCUGCUGCAUUGUGUCCAACUAUUCUUGGAAAUAAUAAAGAAGCUUGGGAGGAAGAAGUCCAUAAAUUUAAAGUUAUAAAUCAGUGUAGAGCUAUUGCUCCUUAUCUUCCUACUGAUGAGAAAAAUCAUCUGAAGGCUAGUGUAUAUGAAUUAGUUUUGGAUGAGUUUAUUACUUAUGAUUCUGCAGGUUUUCUUAAAUUGAUAAAAACAUGGCCUUAUACCUUGUAUGAAAUAAAAAACAUCAUUAAUGCAGUUCAUUAUAAAUUGGAAUCUGAUCCGCAUAAUAACAAUCUUCUUCGAAGUUUAAGUGAAUUAUACAUUUAUGAGAAAAAAUAUGAUAAAGCACUAGCCAUUUAUUUGACAAUAGGUGAAGAUAGAGUAUUUGAAGUGAUUAGAGAUUUUAAUAUGUUUAGUGCUAUACUUGAUAAAUUAGAACAGUUAUUAAAAUUGAACUGUGAAAAGGCAACCCAGUUGCUGUUAGAUAAUAUGGAUAAAAUUCCCAUUGAUGUUGUUGUGUCCAAACUGAAAGAUCAAAGUCUAUUUCUAUACAAAUAUCUAGAUAAACUUUUUGUUAAAAAUAAAGAAUUUGGAGAAAAACAUCAUGGAUUAUUAGUAAAAUUAUAUGCAGAACAUGAUCAAGAUCGUCUCUUAACAUUUUUAAAGAGUUCAAAUAAUUAUCCACUCGAAGAAGCUUUAGAAAUCUGUCAGCAACGUAAAUUUAUAGAAGAGGAGAUAUUUUUAUUAGGUCGUAUGGGCAAUACUAAAGAGGCACUCAAACAAAUAACACAAGAAUUGAAAGAUAUAAAGAAAGCUGUAGAAUUCUGUAAAGAUCAUGAUGACAAAGAACUGUGGGAAGAUCUUAUUAAGUAUUCUUUGGACAAACCACAGUUUAUUAAAUAUCUAUUAGAGAAUAUUGGAACACAUGUUGAUCCAAUUAUGCUAAUAAAAGAAAUUGAAAAUGAUUUACAAAUUGAAGGUUUACAAGAUUCAUUAGUAAAAAUAUUACAGGAUUAUCAUCUACAAGUUUCACUUAGAGAAGGAUGUAAUAAAAUUCUUGUCUCUGACUGUUAUAGCUUAUUAGAAAAACUGAACCUACAGCAGAAGAGGGGUAUUCGAAUUGAUGAAGAUCAAAUAUGUCAGGCUUGCCAUCAUAGAUUACUAAUUACUCACACGCAAUAUGCUGAAGAUAUUCUUAUUUUUUAUUGUAAACAUGCUUUUCAUAAAGGGUGUCUUUCUUCAGAUGGGAUGAAAAUUUGCAGCAUAUGUAAUGCUCAGAAACAAUUUAAUAAGUGACAGUUUUUUAAUAUAUUUAUGAAAAUAAUAAUAAUUUGUUAAUCUGAAUAAAUAUUAAAUCAUUAAAAGCAAUGACUAAAAAUAUUAAGAAU